GCGGACUGAAUUCAUUUUCCGCAAUCAUCGCCUUCCAAGCAAGCAGAUUUUACCUAAAAAACAGAGUGGCGUGACCUCAUUCUGGACAGAAUGCGGAUAUAAAUAAGCAUGUGCAUCUGGCGUCUUUUCAAGAGCUUCUCGAGCCAGUCAUUCUCGGGGAUGGAAAUUGCGCAAUCGUAUUUGCAUGGGGUCCAUGACGCGAAAUCGAUGCACCCAUGGAAACAAGCCGACCCAGGCGAACAUCAAGCAUUACACCGACCGAGCGCGAGACGGCACCGGACUUAUCGUCGCAGAGGGCACCUUUAUCAGUCUGAACGGUGCCGAAUGGCCCCACGCGCCUGUAAUGUACAACCAAGACCAUUCAGAUGCUUGGGCCAAGGUGACAAGCGAGGUGCACAAGGUUGGGGGAAAGAUUCUCUUCCAGCCAUGGCAUCCAGGACGCAUCCAGAAUGACAAUAUGCCGAUGUUGAAAGAAACAGGAUAUCCGGUCUAUGCACCAUCCAAGGUACCUGCCAAGGGCGGAAAAUAUCGUACAUUGGAUGGACUUCCAGGCCACACCCACAACAUCACCGAGAUCGAUGACCCGAGAGGUAUUAUUGAACAAUAUCGGCACUCUGUAAGCUUGGCCAAGUCUGCUGGAUUUGAUGGAAUUGAGCUACUAGCACAAGGCGGGUAUCUUCUACACAACUUCCUGUGCUCGCACUCGAAUACACGCAUCCUCGACGCCAUCAUUGAGGUCUGGGGAUCUCGAGCAGUUGGGAUCAAGAUCUGCCCUACAGAUGACUAUAAUGACACCAUGAUCUCAUAUGAAGAAAUGAAAGAGACUUACACAUACUUCAUCAAGGAGCUAAUGUGUCGUAACCUCGCUUUUAUCAACUUAUCGCGUCGAGGUUGUGAUGUGGGGCGCGAAACCGAUGACUAUUUCAGGUCCCAGCCCAGGCCUGAUGGGAAAGAAUUACCUCCAAAGUACGAGCCUCUGACGGACUUUGGCGCUCUUAUCAAGUAUCCUGGAAGUCGCACUAUGCUCAUGGUAAACCACGAGUACACGGUAGAGGAGGCAAGAUGUCUAUUGCAAAAAGAGAAGAUUGACCUCGUGACAUUUGCACGGCCAUUUAUCUACAAUCCGGUGGGAAUUGUCCCUCUUGCCUCGAACACUCGCGGUGGUAAAGUCAAUUAUGGACCAUUCCAGGAUCCCAAUGAGAAUUACAAUGAUUGGCCGUCAUUUGGAAGGGAGGGUGGGGCUAUUGCCGGUUAG